CCUCUUCUCCGACGUGCUCCAACCAGUCAACGGUUGUUAUCUCCGACGAACUCCAUAUCCACCGAGUCAACGACUUGAUCAAGAUCCAGCGUCUUCAUCCACCGAGAUCCAGCCUCUUCAUCCAACUAGUCAGCGAUUUUGCCCUAAAUCGAUCCAGAACACCGGGAAUGGAGAGCUAGGCUACUUAUGGAGCAGUCCUGUGCAAUCAAGUGCCCAUCAAUUUCUUAUCAAUUAG